AUGAAAAAGAUUAAUGAUAAUAAGAGUUCUGGCGGAAGAGUUGAAUUAGAAGUGAAUGAUGUUAAUGAGAAAUUAGCCGAAAAAGCAGACAAAAAUGAGCUUUUAGCUCUGAGUGAUAAAGUCAAGAACCACGUUCAUUAUAUAACUUCAGACGAACAGAUUAUAACGGACUACCAUGGAUAUUUAACACGAAGUGAUGAAGCGAAGACAAAAAAUGUUAAUGAAAGAAGAUAUAAAUACAUUCGUGCUAAAGGUUAUGACAUAAGUUGUACUGUACAGUAUGAUGUAGCUAAAGCACCAGAAGCAUUUGGUUAUACCGGUGAAAUUUAUGCCUCUACUUUCAAUGUUAACGGUGUAUUAGUUGAACCAAGAUUUACAUUGAGAGUUAAGGCAAAAAUAACUUUUGAAGAUGCUAUUAAAAGUAAAGCUGACAAAGAUGAACUUGACGCAAUGAACAAAGUUUUGAAAUCUCAUAAACACAACAUCUCCGAUAUAAAUGAACUUCAAGCUACAUUAGACAGUAAAGCCGACAAGAACCAUACAAACGAAUCCUUCACUACUGUUAGAGCAGACGAUGUAAUAUUGAACUAUACUCUCGGUUCAAGCGCACCUACAGAGAAUCCGAGUACAAGCGUAAAAGAUACACUAAACUCCUUAAAUAGUAAAUGUAUGAAUAUCGAAGGUCAUGUCAGAAACUUUGAAACACAUGAACUACCAGCAAUGUUAGAUAAGAAAGCUGACAAAGAACAUACACAUAACUCCUUCUCAACUGUUGCUAUAGAAAGUAUUGAAGGAACGGUUGACGGAACUGAUGGGGAUGCAUUAUAUUAUAACCCUCCUAACUUUCCACAAGGUUUAACAUCGAAUGAAAACAUAACAACGAAGAAAAAAAUUAGCUGUAAAAAUGUUUAUGUCAUGGGUGAUGAAAAUAAUGUUAAAUUCACUGCUCAAGAUUUAUAUGAUAAGAAAGCAGACAAAACAGAGCUUCAAACAUUAAAGACUGAAAUACUUCAAACAUUAUAUCCUAUAGGCUCUAUUUAUACGUCAAUGAACUCAACAAAUCCAGCAACAGUUCUGGGUUUUGGUACGUGGCAGCAGAUUGUAGACAAAUUCUUAUACUGUGCUAACUCUUCAAAGCAAACAGGAGGCUCAAAGAAAAUUAAAGAAGCAAACU